GAAAAAGCAGCAACUGAGAAACAGCUGUCAGUGAGAGACAGUCAGGAAGUUAUAGAUCAACAAGAAGAAACUGAAGCUGAGGAUGAAGUGAAACCAGAUAUACAAAGCCUGGAGGCAAGUGACCCUGUGGCAACGGAUGUCCAGCAACUGGACCAAGGUGGUGAGGCUGAGCAGGAGCCUCAGCCUGAGGAUGCCGCAGCAGUUAAAGACGAGGAGGAAGAGGUUGGAGAACAGGAGAAAUACCUACAGAAGACAAUGAGGAGAAAGCUGAAAGAACAGAAGACAAAGAUGUGGCAGCUGGUGAAGAAAGUGUAG